UUUCCGUGGCGUGGGCCUGGGGGUAUCAGAUUCCGCACCCCUCCCUACCUUUUACAGUCUGUACAGUAAGAAUGGGGACACCUGCUUGUGCCAUCGGCGUGUUGGUCGGGGGUGUGGGGCAGAGGCUAAGCCCAAUGCCCUUUUCUAGGCACCACCAAUGAUCUCGGAACCCGAUGGAAGCCGCACCGAGAAGCGAGAGCUAGUUUCUGCCCGGAACCUUGUCCGGGUUGCUCUCCCCCCGGAGUUGCGGCUGCGCAUUGAGCCUCAUUGCCGCCGUCGCCGCCGCCGCCGCCUCUGCCUCUGCCGUCGCCGCUGCUCCUCUGGGGCUUGUCUCUCUCCUCUUCCUCAGCUCCUCGCUGUCCCGACUCCAGAAACCUAUGGAGUUUAAGAAAGCAAUGAAUUUCAGUGGAAUUCACUGAAGAAUUUUGUGACUGAAGUUUUAAAAUGGUAAAGGUUCAACAGUGUGUGGUGUCUAACAAGUUACCUAGGAAGAGGCCAUAUAUUUGUAAUAUUUGCUUCAAGCACUUUGAAACACCAUCAAAAUUAGCCAGACAUUAUCUUAUUCACACUGGUCAAAAGCCAUUUGAGUGCCAUGUGUGUCAUAAAACUUUUAGGCAACUAGUUCAUCUGGAAAGACAUCAGCUAACUCACAAGCUGCCAUUUAAAUGUAGUAUUUGUCAACGACACUUUAAAAAUCUAAUAACCUUCUUGAAACAUCAGCAGCUCCACAAUGAAACCUACCAGAAUGAUGUAAAGCCAGUCAAAAGAUUGGUGGAAUCCAAGCAAGAGAAGCCAAGUUAUGGGGUAUUCCGUUCUUUUUCAACAGAAGAGAGGUGGGUAUUACACCCAUCCUCCAAGUCGGAUCAUGUGUAUGGCACUGCAAGGAGAAGAAAGAAAAUCCAUGCAUGUGAUACCUGCAGCAAGAUGUUUCCAUCCCGCUCAAAGCUGGAAAGGCACUUACUUAUUCAUACUGGCCAGAAACCUUUUAAAUGUUCUCUUUGCAGUAAGUCGUUUAGACAGUCAACUCAUUUGAAAAUCCAUCAGCUAACACAUACAGAAGAGAGACCUUUUCAAUGUUGUUUUUGUCAAAAGGGAUUUAAGAUUCAGAGCAAACUUCUAAAGCAUAAACAAAUUCAUACCAGAAAAAAGAAUUUUCAGACUAUUUCAUUCAAGAAAAAGAAUCCAGAACCACGCUCAGCACCAAUUAAGUUAAAUUUGAAGCAGGAUGGUUUUGAAAAUGGUGAUGCACAGGAACCUGAGGAGGAUACUCCAGUUGAUGUUGACUCUAUUUAUAUUGUCCCUUUUCAAUGUCCAGAAUGUGAGCAGUGUUUUGAAUCAGAGCAGACUCUCAGUGUUCACAAAUGUUUGCAUGCAGGAGAUGCUAAAAAUACAAAUGGCAUCAAAAGAAACCACACCUACAAAACUAAUGUUAAAGGUAAAGUUUUAACUAAGCUUAGGCGAGGUGGGGAUAAGCAAUUAGAUGCCUUUCGGUCUGACAAAAAGAAGUUUAAAACUAGGUUCUUGAAAAAUCGUGAUCUUCUUGGGGAGCAAAGCUCUGAUCAGAAUGCCUCACCUAAAACUUUUAAGAGUCCUCAUAGCAAAUUUGGUUCUUACAAGAAAGUUAGUAGUAGUAAAAAGAAAAGACAUUUGCCAUUUUCCUGGCAGAAGCAACUGCAGAGUCCUAGUGCAGAAAUCAAUAUGAAAGGUACUAUUAAUAGUGAAGGAAUUUUAAAUGUAGAUGAUUCAGUGAAUAAUGACAUAGCGAUUUAUAGUCCAUCUGGUGAGGAGUUCUUUGAUGAUCCUGAAGCGCUUCAACAUGCGCUUUCAGCUCCCACUGAUGAUCUGCAUACAAGACAUAAAAUGUGUCCAUGUGACAAAUGUGAGAAGGUUUUUCCUUCUAUAUCUAAACUUCAAAGACACUAUCUAAUUCACACUGGACAGAGACCUUUUGGUUGUAAUGUUUGUGGGAAGUCAUUUAGACAGUCUGCUCACUUAAAAAGGCAUAAGCUCACUCACAUUGAAAAGAUCCCUUUUAAAAGACCUAUUUAUCAGGUAGAAUUUGAAAAUUUAAACAAACUUUUCACUCAUCAAGGAGACAAUUCUCAGUUGGUGGGUUAUUCUGAGACUUCUGAUGCUCAAGAAUAUAGGAUGACUGACUCAAGUGAAGUAUCAGAAUUCAAAGUUAGUACAGAAUCAGGGGAUUUCAUUCUUGUCACCCAUGGUAGAAACAUGCAGCCCUAUCUGUCUAAGAAACUGUUGGAGACAGAGCAGAGGCGUUAUAGCCGUUACCAUGGCUAUUCAGGAAGUGCUGAGAAGAAUGAAGGCCUGCUCUACCAGUGUAGUGUUUGUUUUAAAAGUUUCAGGUCUCCAUCCAAACUCGAAAGACACUAUUUAAUACAUGCAGGACAGAAGCCAUUUGAAUGUUCAGUGUGUGGCAAAACAUUUAGACAGGCACCCCACUGGAAGAGACACCAGCUUACUCAUUUCAAAGAACGACCCUAGGAAAAUACGGUUGUCUUAAAUUUGGUUAUGUGACUGACAGAAUCGCCAACACAAUUGGUGCUAGGCAGACCGCUGGCAGUAUCCCUUGAGAUUUUCUUUUUAGAGUCUAUUGCUUUUGGAAUAUGUGAUUAUCAGUGGGUCUACAUUAGCUGAAAGGCAGGGACUAUGUCUUAUUCAUCUUUGUAUGCAUGCCUUUCAGCACCUAGCAUAGUGCCUUGCAUAUACUAGGCCUCAAGUGUUUGUUGAAUUGAAUGGAACUGAAAUUGAGUGAAUUAAUAUGCAAUUGCUUGUCAUGCAUGGUAAGGUCAUAGGAUGAGAAAAUAGUAAAUAUAUUGUUUAUGAGUAUCCACCCAUUUUAAAAAAUGAUACUUGAGUGUCCAGUGUUUUAUUUUAAUGUUGCAAAUAUAUGUGGUGGCUAUAUUAAAAGUAUUAUUGAAAAUCACAAUAUGAUAUUCAUUUUAGUGGGAUUAUUCCUUACAGUGUGCCAUCUCUUUACAUGUACACACAAAUCCAAGAGGCAGAAGGUGGUUCCCACGUGGAAGUAAUAAACAGUCUUCACUGUGGUCCCUUUGUAUUCCAUAUGACCUGAAAGUAUAACUGACAUUUAUAUAGUGCUUUAUGGUUACAAAGUGCUUUAGAUAGAGCAUGCAUUUGAUUCUCACAACACUAUAUUGAGGUAGGUUGUGCAGGCAUUACCUCCUAUUUUUAGAUAAGGAAAUUGAUACUGAGAAAUCAAGUGAUUUUGCCCAUGGUCACACAGGUAUGUGUGUAGUCGUAGAGUGGUCCUGGGCUGAAAAUCGGGUCUUUUGACCAUUGUUGUCCAUGUACUGCUCAGUUUUCAUGGCAGAAUCCUCUGGUUGCAUUUACAAAAAAAAAAGAAUUAAUGAAAGUAAAAAUUAAUGAAAAAUUCUUAUAGCAACGUUCUGGUUGCUCAUUUAACCUCUUUGAACCCAAGGUUUCUUCACAAAGAGGGAACAUGAAAUGUUUAUUAAAUUGAAUUGACAAUAAUAAUAUUGAAUUUCUUCUCAGGAGAUAGAGGCAGACUUUUUCCAUCACCUGCUUUGAUCUAGGGCCAGGGGUUCUUAACCUUUCUUGUGUCAUGGACCCCAUUGGCAGUCUUAUGAAACCUGUAGACCCCUUUCUCAGAAUAGUAUUUUUAAAUGCAUAAAACAAAAUACAUAGAAUCAUAAAGGAAACCAAUUAUAUUGAAAUACAGUUGCCAAAAUAUUAAGAAAGCGAGUUCUCAGACCAAAAGUUAAGAAUCCUUGAAAUGCAUUUGAAAAGUGGUGAAGUGGCUAGGCUUUACCCCAGCCAAGUUCAGUUGCAAGGUCGUGAAUAUUCUACAGCUUCCUUACUGUUUCUGAUGGUGGUGACCAGAUUUUCAUUUUAGAAACAAAAUGAAACUCAUCAACCCACUCUAUGGUAACUACUAGAUAGGUCUACCAACAGUCGUUAGUUGUAGAUCGAUGACCUGUCACUGAGCCCUAUCUCCCUCACCUGAGUUCCUUUUCAUAAAACUGUCAACUCGGCUUUUCAUGUAGUGGUGCCAGCAGUUAUCAACAGCUGCAUCUAAUGUUUAUUAUUUUAUCCUCCACUUAAUACCUCUUGCAAAAUUCUUAUGUUAGAUAAUACUUUGGUCCUAAUCCUUUGUUAGACAAUUAUGCAGCAUCCUGAUAUAUUUAAAAGCAAACUUGAUUUGGAGUCAAGGGAAGGCAGUCUUAUGGGUGAAUGUGGGUAAGUUAUUUAAUGUCUCUGGUUACCUUGCCCACCUGGAAAAUGAGCCAGGGUUGGACUAGAUGAUCCAAGGUCUCUCAUAAGUCUAAAUCUAUAAUCCCUUGUGUUUAUAGAUUAUUCCUAUUAAUAAAAUGCUCAUCAUAGGAAUGUGGUAAUCACUUGACAAAACUCAUAAUUUGGGGAACUUGUAUUAAUAUGGAUCUGUAAAGGCAGCAUGGUGAAUGCAACUUCUUUUUGGAUUUAAUCCUAUUUGGAAUAAGGAUUUCUGGCAAAUAAAGGUAAAGCUUAGAGGUAGCAUGGACUAGGGGAUAGAGAGUGGGCUUGGAGUUAGGAAGACCUGGGAUCAAAUUCUAGGCUGCCACUUAGUAGCUGUGUGGCCCCAGGCAAAUUAUUUAACCUCUAUGUGCCUCAGGCAAUUUCUUUGGACUAAGGAGUUAUAGAGAAGUUGCUGUGUACUUUGUUGGACUCAGUUUAAAUCAGUGGUGUUCUUAAAGGGAAAGAACCAGCACAUUCAUGCAAUGGAAUAAAACAGCAGGUGAGUACUUGUAGGACACUUAAACACUUUAAGAGGUUCAUUUCUUUUUUUUUAAGGGGCUCCUUUCUGAAAGGGAAUUCAGAUUAAGAAAAUGAAAAGUUUUGUACCCUAUUUUGAGAGCAUCCCUAUAUUUUGGCUCAAUAAAUAUUUACAAAGAAAACUACACAUAUACAUAUAUAUACACACACACAAAUAGAAAUUUGGCUUUUAUGCAAUUAUUCCAAUAAAAACACCCAAGUAACAGGGACCUAUUAUAUGCUUAAAAAAAAUUAAAUGUUUCCUUUAAAUAUUGAAUUCUGCUGAUACAAGUAAAAUGAAUUCAGUUUUUAAAAAUUUGUUUACAUAGAACUUCAAAGAUUACACACAUUACUACACAAAGCAUAAUGGUAUUUAAUUUUGCCUGGAUGGAUUUAAAGGUAGAUGAUGAAUUUUCUGUAGACCUUUUAAUAAAGAAUGGUUUUUAUUUGCAUUGGUGUAAGAUUAUUGGUUGAAUUUGGUUUGGAUGAAAUUUGUACCACUCCCAAACUACAUAGAGAGAAUCAGAACAGGCUUAUGUAAUUUUUUUUAAAGGAGUAAAGCUCUUUACUUAACUGUAAAUGUUAUUAUUUAAAUAAAUUUUCUGCCUAUUUUUUGAGUUGCAAAAAUCUAAAAAGUUGUCAAAGUAGAGCUUUGAAGUACCUGUAACAGAUCAUCUAUUUGUGUUGUACACUUUAUGUGGAGAUUUUAGAAAUGUGAAUAUAUGCUACAUAAAUCUUAUUUUAAUAAGAUUAAGCAUUAGAUGUCAAAAUUACUGAUGGACUGCUGCAUGCUAGAAUCAACUGGUUUUUUUUGUUUCUGAGAAGAAUAAACUUCAUAAAACUUAA